AUGGGGGAGUCCAACCUGCGACCCCGUCGCCUACGCCCCGCGCUGCUCCUCGCCGCCGCCUUCUCCGCCACGUCGGCCGCCCUCCAUUGCGCCCACCCACGUUGCUCGUCGCAUACGUCGGAAAGGGCCGCCCGCCGCGUCUCCGCCUCGCCGCAUCUCCGCCCCGUCGGCCGCCCUCCAAUGCUGCUCCCCGGUAAGGCUGCCCUCCACUGCUUCUCCCCUUCCUGUAGAAUGUUCAGGACGCUGCUGCAGGAGCUGUCGCAGCAGCGGGGGUGGGCGUCACCGGCGUACACCUACGACUGCGAGGGCCCGUCCCACAUGCCCAGGUUCUACGCCACCGUCGCCGUCAACGACGCCCAGUUCUGGGCGGACGAGGGGUCCAAAACGGUCAAGGAGGCCAAGGAGCUCGCUGCCAAGGUCGCCUUGGAGCACCUCUCCGCCCUCUUGCCCCCUCCUCCCCAGCAGAAGCCCGGUGAGUCACGAAUUUCCCUUGUUUCCUACCGAAGGCCAUGUGGUAGGAAAGAAGGAUUUCUAAUCUCCAAGAAUGCGGGAAGGAUGCAACAAUUACAGAACCAACAUGGUGGUACUGCAAGUCGUUGCAACAACGUGUUUGAUGCAAUGGAUACACAACCUCCAACACCAACUAGCGGAAAGAAGUCAGAUGCUUCAAAGAUAAUUGGUAACCUUGAUAAACCAGAUACGGCUAGAUCAACUUCUGGUGGUGUUUCUUUUUCUGGCAUCCAUGUUAAUUACAAGAGUGCGUUGCAAACUUAUGCUCAGAAGAAUGGCAAACUGCUGCCUUCGUAUAGCAAAAUCCAUUACGGUCCACCUCAUGCACCGCAGUUUAAGUCAAUAGUGACCAUAGAUGGGAAACCAUUUGAAAGUCCACAAUACUACCGCACCAGUAAGGAGGCGGAAUCUGCGGCUGCAUAUGCGGCUAUCAUGUCCUUAACUCAAGAAGCGUAA